CUUGUAUAAAUGUUUUUCUGCCUUCUAGUACAAAAGUAAGGUAUGCCACUGGCAUACUCUCGAAAAAAAAAAAGGAUUAGGCACGUCUCUCCUUCUCCUGCUCUGCGCCGCUACUCCGUCCAAAGCAAAUCCCCCAAUGGCCGAGCCGGCGGCGGCGCCUACCGGAAUCGACCCGCGCAGCGGCUUCUGCGCGGCCACGCGGACCUUCCACAGCGUGCGCUCCAGCUCAGCGGACGCGCUGCCGCCGGAGUCACUCCCGAUCACGGCCGCGGCCUACGCCUUCUCGCUCCUCGCCUCCCCGCUCCCCGACCGCCCCGCGCUCGUCGACGCGGCCACAGGCAUUGCCGUCUCCUACCCAUUCAUCAUCGCCUCUGUCCGCUCCCUCGCCGGCGGCCUCUGGUCCUCCCUCGGCCUCCGCCCCGGGGACGUGGCCCUGGUCGUCGCGCCCUCGCGCCUCGAGGUCCCCGUGCUCCACUUCGCGCUCAUGUCCAUCGGCGCCGUCGUGUCCCCCGCCAACCCGGCCUCCACCCCCGAGGAGUACGCGCACCAGGUCGCCCUCUCCAGGCCCGUCGUCGCGUUCGCCGCCCCCGAGGUGGCCGACAAGCUGCCCGCCCACGUCAGUUGCGUGGUCCUCGGGUCGGAUGCGUACGAGAGUCUCUCCUCUGCAGGCGCGGAGGCAGCUCCUCCACCGGUGGCGGUGAAGCAGUCGGACACCGCGGCCGUGCUCUACUCGUCGGGAACGACCGGCCGGGUGAAGGCCGUCGCCAUCACGCACCGCAACCUCAUCGCACUGAUGUGCACGCACGCCGAGAACCGGAAGAGGGCAGCCGCGGAGGCCACCGAUGCGGGCAAGGAGCCGCCGCCGCCGGCCGUCACGCUGCUCCCGCUCCCCCUGUUCCACGUCUUCGGGUUCAUGAUGGUCCUGCGCUCCGUGUCCAUGGGGGACACGGCCGUGCUCAUGGAGCGCUUCGACUUCGGCGCCGUGCUGCGCGCGAUAGAGCGGUACCGCGUCACGCUGCUGCCCGCGGCGCCGCCCGUCCUGGUGGCCAUGAUCAAGUCCGAGGAGGCGCGCCGCCACGACCUUUCGUCGCUCCUCGUCAUCGCCGUCGGCGGCGCGCCCCUUGGCCGCGAGGUCGCCGAGCGCUUCGCGGCUGUCUUCCCCAGCGUCCAGAUUGUUCAGGGCUAUGGUCUGACGGAAUCAUCUGGCGCUGUCGCCGGGACGGUAAGGCCGGAGGAGUCCAUGAAGUACGGCUCCGCCGGCAAGCUGGGGUCGCGCCUGCAGGCGAAGAUAGUCGAUCCGACCACCGGCGAGGCGCUCGGGCCGGGCCAGCGCGGCGAGCUCUGGAUUAGGGGCCCACUCGUCAUGAAAGGUUAUGUCGGGGAUGACAAAGCAACUGCAGAAACAGUGGACUCACAAGGCUGGCUGAAAACUGGCGACCUUUGCUACUUCAAUGAAGAUGGAUUUCUCUACAUUGUUGAUCGUUUGAAGGAGUUGAUUAAGUACAAAGGAUACCAGGUGCCUCCAGCUGAACUGGAGCAUAUUCUACAAUCACAUCCUGGAAUCGCUGAUGCCGCAGUUAUCGGAUAUCCAGAUGAAGAUGCUGGGCAACUGCCAAUGGCUUUUAUAGUGAGGCAACCAGGUUCAAACCUUACUAGGCAACAAGUCAUAGAUUACGUGGCUAAACAUGUUGCGCCCUACAAGAAAGUCCGCCGAGUGGCUUUCGUCAAUGCAAUACCGAAAUCGCCUGCGGGAAAGAUCUUGCGGCGCGAGCUUGUGCAGCAGGCCUUGUCCAUGGGUGCCUCCAAGCUUUGAGUGGUAGUUAUUCGCUGUGCAGAUGUAGACGAUUUCUUUUGUUGUAGGGACAUAAACCGGAGGUAUGACACUGUUCUUGCCCAAAAAUGAACCACAAAUGCUCACCCUGUUUCCCUGUAAACACCGUGUAGCCCUUGGGACGAAAUGUAAAUUUUUUGAGUGAAGAGGGUGCAAGGAUCGUUCAUUCGUGCAGAGUCUGAUAAAAAAUGGCUCUUGUAAGGAUGGUUGAAAAGCUAUUUGCUAUUGAUGAAUUCACUCAGCUUUGUCCUC